GAAUAAUUGAAAGCACGGGAGCAGCGGAACACAGGAAUAAUGGCCACGCGUAGAUUGAGGCAUUGAUGACACACAGCUGUAAACCAGCUUUGGCGCAUGUGAGCCUCUGUCCUCUGUCCCCUGCCCCCAACACCCAACAACAAAUAAAACUCAUACUCACUCUCUCUACUCUAUUCCCAUGGCUUCUCUUCUCACCCUCGCUCUGUUACUCUUCUGCAUUGCCUUUACCUCCCACGUUGCCGUGCAGGCGCACAUGGAGGACACGGCCUUCAACCUCAUGUCGGACGCCUUGGAGUGGCCCACCACAAUGUCGCUCUACGACGAAGACGACGCCCAAGAGGAUGUCGAGAACGCUUACAGUCGGAGAUCGUUGUUCUGGCGGCGGAUGAAGUACUACAUCUCCUACGGUGCUCUUUCUGCUAACCGAAUUCCUUGCCCGCCUCGUUCUGGUAGAUCUUACUACACCCACAACUGCUACAGGGCACGAGGCCCCGUUCACCCUUACUCCAGAGGAUGCUCUGCCAUCACGCGCUGCCGGAGAUGAGUUUGAUGUGAGUUCCGAUCUGAUCACACGCUUCAGAUCGGAGAUGGAAAUAAAAAAACCGAGUACCGUUUAUGGUGGUUUUGUUUUGUUUUGUUUUAUUGGUGUACUAGAUUUAUAUUGUGGAUUUAAGGCGUCGUUAGUUGUGCUAAGCAAGUCAAGUCAAGUGAAAGUGUCGUGUUUGAGUUAACGGUUUUUGGGGAUUCUUCACUUGCAUCGACUCGUUGCGCUGCGCAAAUGAAUCUGCUUGCUUUUUGUGUUACUUCGUCAUUUAUUCGUUUGUAUAAACCCAACGGUUUCUUUUUCUUGGUGUUCAGAGCACUUUCAGUUUCUGGUUU